CCUUUCUCUCCCUUCCGAUUCCCUUCUCCCCAGCCCUCCAUUUUGUCGUCCAGUCUAUUUGGCGCCGCAAGAGGUGUCUGGACUCUGCAGUCUUUCUGCAAGGUUUCCCGGUUUGCUGGAACGCCCGGGCAAAAGUUGCGGUCAUAGACCUGCAGUGGCACAAUCCGAGUGUCGUUUGGUCUGCUUUUUUUUUUUUUUUGGUGUUUCUCUCCAGAUACUUAGGCUGGCCACCGUCAGCUUUGGGAUUCACCCUGCAGACAGAACCAAAGAACGGGACUGGACGGGGACGACGACGAAGCCAAGAAAUAGCGACGCCAGCCAGCACCACUAGCUCAUCUCUCCCCACGAGGACACAGCCGCCGCCUCCGCCGCCGUUGAGAGAGACACACACAGGGCGCACCCAACCGUUAGGUUGCUAACUGUCUCCCAUCACGCGCACCUUUUCUACCGUGUCCUUUGCCUUUUUUACUUUACCUUGGACUUGAUCACGGUCUCCUUGCUACUUUGCCUUCUUGCUUUUCUCAAAAUCAUAAUCUUAUUUUCUUACGUCUCUCACCCGCUCCUUCGCCCUGACGACUUUCCUUCUCAACUUGUGUACACAAACCUCGACGACAAAGUGCACGAUAUCACCUGCGAUAAUAGUAUCGAUACCUCGCUUUCGUACGGCCUCGACCGAAAGGCGGAGGGCAUAUUAAUAUGCGAGCCUCUUUACACGCCAUUGACGAAGCGUUCCACUCACGACGCUCACAAUCGCAGACGGCCUCGUCGUAGCACCCCUCCUCUCGAGUUCAGCGUCCAGCCUCAGCCAAGGCUGCGACUGCGAUGAGCACAUCCAGUCACCCACCUGGCAGUUCCGCCUCGGCCGACUUUCGAGCAUCAGUCGGCACAAGCAGUACAGCGAUCGAUAGUAAUAGUGCCCCGCGCAUGCGCUUACAGCCGAAAUCGCUCCCUCCAUGGAUAGACUCUUACGAGACGCGGUAUGGCAAACCCAGCGAAGAUCAGCUUCAACUACUAUCACCCCCGGCCCGAGCCGUUCCACCUCAUCACAAUCACCAGCCUAAGGAGCCUGAUCGUCGGGUGUCGCGUGAUGGCUGGGUCGACUACACUGGCGACCCCGUCUUAGAAAAAGCUCGCCCAAACACAAACGUCCGGCUUACAGACUUCUUCCGCGGCAAGGGCGCGCAACACGGCCGAAAGUGGGAUCACCUACGAACAGCAGAGCCGGUCAUCGUCUCAGCACACAGGCCCGCAACCCAGGGCCCACCAGCAGCAUGGAAGGACUUUCUUCACUCGUCAGCCUACGGGCACAUGGAAGGAGAACAGUCGGAGGUUGUGGACGUCAGUAUGCUGGAUAAGUUGCAGCCUGAUUUCAACAAGCGAUACGACUCGCACGCCCACAGAGACUUGGAGAAGGGAUCGAUGAAGCAGAAGAGAACGAAGACCUUUAGGCAAAGAAUGUGGUCCCUCAUUCUGCGACACUACUUAGUGCCCCUGGUUUUCCGACUGACAGUCAUGUUCACGUCCAUCAUCGCGUUGGCUAUAGCAGCCCGAAUCUACGAAAAGGAGAACGCCAAGAGCAAUGUCAGCCCGGAACGCGCGCAAAGUAUUGUCGCUAUCGCCGUGGAUACAGUUGCUGUACCUUAUAUCGGGUACAUGCUCUGGGACGAGUACACGGGCAAGCCAUUGGGUCUCCGGCCAGCUGUCCAGAAGAUUGCCCUCAUUCUGCUCGACCUCUUCUUCAUCAUAUUCAAAUCGGCCAGCACUUCGUUGGCAUUUGAAUCGCUCGUCUUCCAUAAUGUCGAAGCAGGGCAAGUGAGGCAGCUGAGUCAGGCCCUGGCGUCGUUUAUGCUGGCGGGUCUGCUGGCGUGGACCUUGAACUUCAUGGUCAACAUUUUCCGAACGGUUCAACGACUUGGAGGAGGCGAGGAUGAAAGCUCUCACGACCGCAUGUAGUUUUGGGGGGCAUGGGAGGUGUUUUCUUUGGUCUUGUUGGGUAUACCCGGUUUAGUAAAAGCCUGUACGAUAACUUCAGCGCGCAACAGUAGCUGCGGUCCUUCCUCUUUGUUCAUUAUACAUAUUUCUGGC